GAGAGAGAGAGAGAGAGAUUCUUUUGAUUGACUGUUUUUUCCUUAUCUAUCUGUCAGUAUCUGGGGGAGGGAAAUCGGCAAGCCUGAUGGCCAAGGAUGUCAUCCCCUUUCCGCUCCCCACUCGUCUCCAACUCCGCCCGCAUUCCCACUUCUUCUCAACCCUUUGACCCUUAUCGCGAUAGUGAAGAUGUAGAGCUCAAGGCAGAAUUCAAACUGUUUGUGGGCGAUUCGGCGAGCAGUGUGGGAAGCGAGCAGCACCGCUUGACGGGUCCUGCCCAACUGAGCGUUUUACCAGCAUGGAGACGUGGACUGGCCGCCAUCUUUCCUUUCACUGCGCCUAGGAACAAAGAAGUUGAUGAUGCGCUGCCAUUGCUUACCACCCACAAUCAUACUAGUAACUGUUGUCGGAGACGGUGCAGGAAGCCUAGAUUAUCCCGUUGCUUAUUAUUCCCUGUACUGGGAUGUUUCAUCAUGCUAGGUAUCAUUCAGUUCAUUGUCAUUGCCUGUGGCAUCGUUAUUUCAUUUUUCUCGGAUGACCUGGACCGGUUGUCAAUCCUCCGGUGGCAACAUGAGGAGAGAUUGGGCGCGAAUAUCUCGCAUUGGCCUACGGACUUUUCUAGAGAUAUUAUUCCAGUCGGAUGCCAUUCACAUAAUGACUACUGGCGACCGGUUCCCCUAUUUUCAGCGAUAAAGGCGGGCUGUAUCGGCGUGGAAGCCGAUGUAUGGCUCUUCGACGACGACCUUUACGUGGGCCACACCACUUCGUCGCUCACGCCGCAACGCACAUUUAGAAAUCUGUACAUUGAUCCCCUAACAAGGAUGCUAGACAAACAAAACCCAAUCACUGAACUCCACCCGACUGUAGAUCAGCCGUUGCAGGGAGUGUUCGACACUGACCCAUCCCAGAGCCUUGUUCUACUGAUCGAUUUCAAGACCGACGGAGAAGCGACAUGGGAUGCAGUAGUUGCGCAAUUAUUGCCCCUUCGUGACCGUGGCUAUCUUACGUAUUUCAAUGGCACUGACGUGGCCAAAGGUCCCAUCACGGUCGUGGGGACGGGGAACACCCCCUUCAACAUGGUGGUAGCGAAUAGCACCUACCGAGACAUCUUCUUUGAUGCGCCUUUGGAGAAAUUGGCCGACCAUGACGACACAAAGAGCGUUCUGAGUCAUGAGCCCGGAGACCGCAUUCCGGAUGAUGAACGAGUGAUCGCGGGCCAGUCGACCGAAAAUGUCGGUCAGGGCCUCUCGGGCCUAUCCGGUGCUGAUAUCGGCCCCGGCACCUUCAACUGGACGAACAGCUACUACGCGUCUGUCUCCUUUAGGCAAUCGAUCGGAUUUCCUUGGUUGUUCCGCCUUAGUGAGGGACAGAUGGACAAGAUCAGAGCACAGGUCCGCGGCGCGCACCGCCACGGGCUUAAAGUCCGGUAUUGGGAGCUGCCUAGCUGGCCGAGGAGUUUGAGGAAUCAUAUCUGGACUGUCCUGGUUCGCGAAGGGGUGGAUAUCCUCAACGUUGAUGAUCUCCAGAGUGCGACGAGGGAGGAUUGGAGACCCAAGCUUUCGGAUUGGUGGCAUUAACCUGCCUUUCUAUAGAUUAGAUGUGGCUGUACAGAGAUCGAAGACGCCCGAUACGAUUCAUGCGCCUUGCUUGGCAGGGAUUUAUACGAUUUUUUUUUUCUCACACGGCGUUGCGGUUCUUUUCGGGUAGAUACCCUGCCGGUUGUCUUGCUCGUUUCCUGCAGAGUUUUGGAGCUAUUUCAGAUAGUUUCCCAUCUUAGAACGAAAUAAAAUGUGUUAAUCGCGAGGCGACUC